GCUGGAGACUCCGCGGGGGCGCCGCCGGGCGGCCUCGCCCCGGAGCGGGCUGGGCGCCUCCCGAGCCGGUCGGGGUCUCGGCAGAGGACGGAGCGUGAGCUUCUUUCUCCGGCCAGGGAAAGCAGAGAAUAUGAAAGCGUAUCUGAAGAGCGCAGAAGGCUUUUUUGUCCUCAAUAAAAGUACUACGAUUGGAAAGCAUGAAGACUCAGACCUCGUUUUAGAGUCUGCAGACAUUGACAACCAUCACGCGCUCAUUGAAUAUAAUGAGGCCGAGGGAAGCUUUGUUCUCCAGGACUUUAAUUCCCGCAGCGGCACCUUCGUCAACGAGUGCCACAUCCAGAACGUGGCUGUCAAGCUCUUACCCGGAGACGUCCUGAGGUUUGGGUCUGGAGGGCUGACCUACGAACUGGUCAUCGAAAACCCAUCCUCGGUCUCCUUCCCCUGGGUGAGGGGCCCAGCACCUUGGCCAAGGCCACAGCCAGCCCGGGCCACACAGCAAUCAAACCAGGCACCUUCAUCACCACAGGUCUCCUUCCACCCGGGCAUCCGGCCAGCGCCAGUGCAGAGAAGCUGGUCCCAGGGCUUCCCCAGGCCCACCAUGGUGCCACCUGCCCCCCACAAGCGGCCCGUGAGUGCCUGCGGGAAGAUGUUCUCCUUCAUGAUGGACAACACCCACAGGGUCCCCAUCAUCAAGCAAGUGUGGACCAAUGACGUGGAACUGUCGGAACAACCAGUGGCCCAGGACAUUCCCGGGGCAGGACCUUCCAGAGAGAUUUUUGUGGACCAGGACCUGGCCCAGCAGGACAAGGAUGAAAUCAUUCUGCUGCUGGGGAAAGAGGUCAGCCGUCUCUCGGAUUUUGAACUUGAAUCCAAGUACAAAGACGCCGUGAUAGCAAACCUGCAGAACGAAGUGGCCAACCUGAGUCAGAAGCUGUCGGAAACAGCCACCUCCAGGCAGAGCGAGAGGGUGAUCCCACCAAAGUUCCAGGUUCUGGAUGAAGACGACGAUGCCAAACAGAGAGAGAUCCAGAGCUUGAAAAGCCAGAUCAGUGCCCUACAGCAAGGCUACAGCCAGGUGCUGUGCCAGACCCUGUCUGAGAGGAACUCAGAAAUCACCUCCCUGAAGAACGAGGGCGAGAGCUUGAGGAGGGACAACGCCGUCACAUCAGGGAUGGUGUCAUCUUUGCAAAAAGACGUGUUGGUAAAGGAAGAGCAAGUUCAACAACUGAAGCAGGAGGUGGAUCAACUAAAAAGUGAGAACAAAGAGAAGGAGCACCGGCUCGAAGCCCUCAGCUCCAGAUGCUCAGUGCUGAAGGAAGAGUUAAAAAAAGAAGAUACUCGGAAGGAGCAGCGGGAAACCCAAGAGAAAGAGUUAAAACUCUACAAAAGCCAAAUCCACGACAUGGAGAAAGAAAUGAGGAAGCUCAGGGAGGAGCUGAAGAGGAGCAGCGCUGAGCAGAGCCUGACCUCUAAGACGCUGCGGGAAAAGAGCAAGGUUGAAGAGAAGCUUCAGGAGGAUUCCAGGAGGAAAUUGCUUCAGCUGCAAGAAAUGGGGAACAGAGAGAACCUCAUUAAAGUCAAUUUGGAAAGGGCAGUAGGUCAGCUGGAGCAUUUCAGGAGUCAAGUCAUCAAGGCCACCUAUGGACGAGUGAAACCGUUCCAGGACAAACCCGUCUCAGAUCAACAGUUAAUAGAGAAGAUCACCCAGGUCACUGAGGACAACAUCAACUUUCAGCAGAAAAAGUGGAGCCUGCAGAAGGAGACUCAGCUCAGCAACUCCCAACAGGGGGAGAUCGCCGAGAGCAUCGAGAAGCUGAAGACGUGCUUAGCCAGCUGCCAGGCUUGCAUGAAGACGUCUUGCUGCAGCGACGACCUGAAGAAGGAGGUGGACCUCCUUCAGCACCUGCAGGUGAGCCCCCCUGUUUCGGGGCUCCAGAAGGUGGCGCUGGACACCCUGCGCCUGUCGCUGUCCUGGCUGGAGGAAACAGAGCGUCUCCUCCGGGACGUGGGGAUCCAGCUCUCCGGCUCCGACAAAGGAUUGUCCUUGUAUCUGAAAUACCUUCUGGACCAUUAUAAGAAAAUCACAAGCCGGACCCAGGAACUUCAGAUCAGGAUCAGCAGCUCUCAGGAAUCUCAGCAGUCCUUGCUGCAAGAAAAGCUGCGGGAGCAUCUGGCAGAGAAGGAGAGGCUGAAUGAGGAAAGGCUGCAGCAAGAGGAGAAGCUGAGAGCCAGAGUCAAGUGGCUGACUGAAGAGAAGGCGGCUUUGGAGGAAAGCAUUACUCAAGAGAAACGCAGAGCGAAAGAAGCAUUAGAGGAAGAGCAGGCCAAAGUCCAAGAGCUGGAGAAUCGCAUAACCCACCAGAAGAAGGCUUUGGAGGAAAGCAUUUCUCAAGAGAAAAACCGAGUGAAAGAAGCAUUAGAGGAAGAACAGACCAAAGUCCAAGAGCUGGAGAAUCGCUUAACCCGCCAGAAGGAGGUUUUGGAGAGCAGCAUGGCCCAUGAGAAAAGAAAAGCAAAGGAAGCCUUAGAGACAGAAAAGAGAAAAGUGCAAGACCUGGAGAACCAUUUAACCCAGCAGAAGGAGAUUACAGAAAGCAGCAUCGCCUACGAGAAGCACAAAGCGAAGGAGGCCAUAGAGAAGGAAAAGAAAAAGGUGCAAGAUCUGGAGAACCGCAUAACCAAGCAGAAGGAGGAAAUAGAUUUAAAAGUGCAAAAAGAAGACAUGUUAAAUAAUAAAUUAAAUGACGCACUGGCCAUGGUAGAAAAGACUCAGAAAACUAAGGCAGCUGAGACUAUAAAAGUAGAGACCCUCACCGUGAAAUUAAAUGAAACACUGGCUGAACUGGAAACUGCCAAGACGAAAGUGAUCAUGAUGGAGGAGCGGAUGCAGCUGCAGCAGCACACGGUAAGGGCCCUCCAAGAAGAACAGGAAGCACAGAAACACAGCUUUGAAAAAGAAAUCAUGGAAUACAAGGAGCAAAUCAAACAGCACUCCCAGACGAUCGUGAGUCUCGAAGAAAGACUCCAAAAAGUGACCGAACACCAUAAAAAAAUAGAAGGAGAGAUUGCAACCCUGAAGGACAAUGACCCAGCCCAGGAGGGGGAAGCACAUCCGAGCCCCGCAGCGGCACCUCCCGUGGAGAGCAGGGCCAAAGACACAGUGUGCGACCGCCUGAUAGAGGAUUUACUGACUGCUCAGAAGGAAAUCCUAUCUCAGCAGGAGAUCAUCAUGAAGUUAAGGAAAAACCUUAACGAAGCCCACAGCCGAAUGUCCGAUUUGAGAGGGGAGCUUAACGAGAAGCAGAAGGUGGAACUGGAGCAGAAUGUGGCGCUGGUCCAGCAACAAAGCAGCGAACUGAAUGUGCUGAAGGAAAAGAUGGCACAGGUGACCAGCCUGGUGGAAAAGAAGGACAAGGAGCUGGAGGUCCUCAAGCAGGCACUCAGGGCCUCCCAAGAGAAACACAAGCCCCAGCUGCACAAGGAGAAGGACCAGAAGCCCAGGAACACGACCCAGAUGUGUGACAUCUCAGUGCAGAUAGAACCAAUCCACACCGACAUUUUCUUGAGCAGCCAAGAGGAGCAGUCCUUCAGUGAUCUAGGGGCCAAGUGCAAAGGGUCCCGGCACGAGGAAGUCAUUCAGCGUCAGAAAAAGGCCUUAUCCGAGCUACGUGCGCGAAUUAAAGAACUGGAGAAGGCCAGCUCAUCAAGUCAUAAGGACCACACGAAUGAACCAUUUCUAGACGUAAAGACUCUCAGAUUGGAUAAAAAUGUCCAGAAAAUAUUGGAUAUACAACCUGAUUCGCCAGGUGUUUCAAGAAUAGAGAUCCGAGCGCCUCAAAAUGGCCUUUCCAGCCCAGGGCCCAUCCUGGCCACCGAGAAGUUAGGGAAAAUGGACAUGGCUGAGGCUUUAGAUCUCAGUGAAAAGCUGUACAUGGAUAUGAGCACAACGCUGGGGAGUCUGAUGAACAUCAAAGACAUGUCAGGUCACGUGUCCAUGAAGUACCUCUCCCCCAAAGAGAGGGAGCGAGUCAACCAGCUUCGACAGAGAGACCUGGAUCUGGUGUUUGAUAAGAUCACCCAGCUCAAGAACCGGCUGGAGAGAAAAGAGGAGCUUUUGAGAGGAUAUGAAAAAGACAUCGAACAGCUCAGGCAGAGCAAAGUGUCUGUCCAGAUGUACCAGUCACAGGUGGCCAAGCUGGAGGACGACAUCUACAAAGAGGCCGAGGAGAAGGCGCUGCUGAAGGAGGCCCUGGAGCGCAUGGAGCACCGGCUGCACCAGGAGAAGAGGGUCAACAGGGCCAUCAGGCAGCAGAAGGAACGUUUAGCGGAUCUCGAACAGAGAAAUGGCAAAGAGCCAGCACCUUGCAACUGUUCCUUCAAAGAGAAAGAGAGGCAGAGACGAAUGUUUAUAGAGACGGUGAAGAACAAGAUGCAGAACUCAAAUUUCCAGGUUGGAGCCAGAAAAGCCACCCCAAAGAUGGACCAAGAAAGAGAGAUGCUGAAGAGAGAAACAUCCAGCAAAUCCAGCCAGAGCCUUCUGUUUUCUAAGCCUGGCGGAAGGAACUAGAAACAUCAUCCUGCCAGCCUCGUGUGAUCCUCCGUGAGUCAGCGGGACUCUCCUGCAUCAAAAAACUAAGACACCUUUUUAGAACUUUAAAGGUUGUUACCCUAGUGUGUUGCCUCCUAGACUGGUACUUUGCACGACGCUGUAUUUUGAAAUUCAGAAUCCUGGGCCUGGUAGAUACAAUCAUGUGCUUGCAUCGUGAGGUACCCAAAUGUCACACCUCCACGGAGCCCCAGGAAACCCGCAGCGGAGAAAACCCAGGGCAUGUCCUGAGGCUACAGGACAGAACGGUAACCUCAGGACUGUUGGGGCCAUGGUAUAGCGCAUUUAUAUCUGAGUUUACUGUAAUAAAUUUGAACACCAACCCAUUUUAUCGCUUCCACAACAGUGACUCAACAUUUAUAUGGCACCCCUCCCCCAAGCCCUAGAAGGUAAAUAGUAUUAUAUUCCCCAUUUUGCAAAUGAGGACACUGAGUCCCAGAGAGGUUAAAUGGCCUGUCUGGAGUCACACAGCUAGCAAAUUCAAGAGUUGGGUCUGGAACGUACAUUUCUAACUCCAUCUCACACUGCCCAUUCUGCCACACCAAGACAGCCCAGUAGUUCAAGUCCUCAGCCAUCAGGACAGACCAAGUACCCAGUCACGGAAGAGCACACACUGCCCGGGUGGACACACCCCUUUUCCAUGGUGUUUGGAGAGCCCCUCAUUUCUGCCCCCUCUCCAGUCACCUGUCCUCUCCUUUCUUUUCUUGUAUGGCCAGGACCACUAAACAAAAAGGGAGGAAGAGCCAGAAGUCAUAAGCAUCAUUUAUUUUUUAAUUUUUAAAAAGCCAUAAUAAAAGUAUUUUGAUAUUUUAAAACCAAAUGCAUUCUUUAUGCUGACUAAAACUAUAAGGGAAUAGGAAAAAUUCUUUGCAUGAUACUCCACUGGAAGAUACAUCUUCCACAGUGAGAAGGGUUAGCAUCACCUGACCUUAAAAAUACUCUUGAAAAUUCCAGACGUUUUCCAUAAAGAACAUGACAUUACUUAUGCUGUACCAUAUUCCCAAAAUGCAAAACAGUAAUCUCCAGCACCAGAAAAGAUCAUUUGGCUAGGCAGUAAUUAAGUAGCUGGCUCAUGUUUGGAAGCCAAAUUGUAUGAAAAAAAAUACUUUGGUUGAACAGGAAUGUUUAAAUUUGCAUCAGUUAAAUGUAACGCCUGUAUGACUCCCCUGUAUUUCAGAUCUUUCAAAAGACAUGUUAAUUUUUAUCAUAUGAACAUUGCAACCCAUGGUGACGAUUUCUUUUCUUCACUCCCUGAACUGGAUAGUUUUGGGGGGGUGUCUCCUCAGCCACACACCUCUUUCCCUGAGAAUGCGCACCCACCAAUCAGGUGUGCCCUACCUAAUGCUGCUCUCUUGGCCGCAGCUGGUUGGCUGAGCAGUAGAUACCUUAUCCAAGCCAGACCAAUCAGGUUUCUCUUCUAACCCAAGCUGGGCCAAUCAGCGUCUCUGCCCUUGGUAUUUGGAAGUGGGACACGGCGUGGCCACACAGGUCAUUAUGGGCACUGGAGCUGAGACUCCCAGUGCAGUUCCCGGCUGGAAUGGCCAUUUCUCCCACUGUGUUUGGAGAAACAAAGCCAGUCUUAGAAAGAGACAGCUGAGAUAGAUAACAAGGAGAGACAAGAAACGAAGACCUCCGGAGAGACUGUUCAGUGGACACUAUAAGCCCUUUCUUCAUUGCCUCCCUCUGCUAUUAUAAGCUGAAGGCUUACCUGGCCAUGUUUCAGUUCUGGCCAGUGACAUGCAAGCGAAGGCCCUGGGCAGGGCUUCCCUUCUGGAAUAAAAGGCAAGUCUUCCCUCGGAGAGAGUUUUUGCUCUUUGUCGCUUUGCCUUGUCUUCUUUUUCUUUCCUGGAGCACAGAAUUGGAGCUGGAGCAGCCAUGUUGGGAAUUAGCCAGGCAACAAGCAAGAGGGCACAGCUCACUUCAAGGACUGGAAUGGGAAGACAUGAAAGGCCUGGGUGGGGGCCCGGUGGCGUCACUGUGCUCCACAUCACGCCUGAACUUUGUACAUCCUGUUGUGUAAGACAAAUAAACCCCUAUCUGUUUGA